AUGCAAUAUGUGUCACAGUACACGAAAGUCCGAGGUGAGUUGACAAAACGAGCGAAUCCGUACAUUGUCAGGACAUUUCCAAAGAUUUCCGCUAAUCCUGCUGGUCCUGAUUUUGGAAAAUACUGCAAAUAUCAACUAAUAAAGUUUAAACCAUGGGAGGGUCAAUCGUCAAAUGCUUGGAACAACGAGGAUGAAAGUGAUAAAAUGUUUAUUAAUGCAUAUGAAGUUUUUCUUAUGACAGAUGAAUUUGCAGAAGAAAAUGUGUUUAGAUAUUCCGAUGAAACACACAGAGUUCAUGAUGCACAAUGUGGUCAAACCUUUGAAAACGAUCCAAGUGACAAUCAAGAUGAUGACGACGAAAGUGAAGUUGACCCUCGUGACGAGGAGGAAGUCGAUGAUUGGAUGUUGUUAUGCAGAAUUAACCAAGAUUAUGGUGAAGCAGGUAAUCGGAUGUCAGACAAUGAAGCAGUGGACUGGUUUGAAACGGUAAGAGCUGUGCCUAGAGAUUUGUUAAGGGAAUCUCCAGGAUGGAUCUAUAGUCAGAGAAAGAAGACGGAAGAACAUGGUCAGCAAUUUCGAGAAGAUGAUCAACAAUGUGUAAUUGAUCCGGACACCCUGAAUGAAAAACAACGCCUUGCUUACAACAUCGUCACAUCUCAGAAUGGUGAUAAUGCUGAGCCUGUUUAUAUGAUUGUGUGUGGAACAGCUGGCACAGGUAAGACAUACUUAAUAAGUGCAACGAAACAAGUAUUAGCCGCUCAGUGUGUUGUUACAGCAACUACUGGGAUUGCAGCCUUUAGUAUUAAUGGUCAAACAUUACAUUCUGCUGCUCAACUUCCUAUCCGUGAAUAUAGGGAUUUGCAGGGUGACUCACUACAGCGGUUACAGCUGAGACUAGAAAGUAAAAGAUUUCUGAUUAUUGAUGACAUGUCAAUGAUUGGACAUAAAAUGCUAUCAUGGCUUGACAAUAGAUUACGUGCUGGUACUGGAAAGCAAGAUAUCCCUUUUGGUGGUAUGUCAGUAAUUCUAAUGGGUGAUUUUGGUCAAUUACCACCUGUUGGUGAUAAGCCAAUGUAUGUUUCAGGUAAUGGAACAGUAGUAAGUGACCAUGGGCAUAGUCUGUAUCUGAUGUUUGAAUCUGUCAUUAUUUUAGAUCCAUUCUCGUCCCCAGAGCCAUUUUCACUCGGUCACUCGUUGAAAAUUAGGCUCUGGGAUAGACGACUAAAGGAAGAGAUCUGAUUGGCUUCUCAGAGAACUGCUAUUUCGCAGAAGUUUAGCAGUUUUCGCUGGGCAAAAUUAUUCUAUCAACAUAUGUCAACACAAAUACUUCGUUUCUUCUUAAUACUUCACUGUGAAAAUUCUUACGGGUGCUAAAGUGUGCCAAUUCAAGAGCAUGCGCUUUAGAAACUACUGCAAGUUUUUUUGCACUUCCGGUUCCGUGUGUCCCAGGGCCUAAGGAGGACGCACGCGGCCGAGAGGCCCUGGGGACGAGGAUGUUUUAGAUCAAGUUAUGCGUCAGGCUGGUGAGGACCCCGAGGCAGUUGCUUUUAGAGCCUUGCUGAUGAGAAUGCGAAAUUGA